AGGUUAGGAAUCAUUGUAGUCACAUGGGUCGCGCGGAUACUCGGAUGUAUUUUUAUUUUUUGUUAUUAUUUCUAAAUGAAUAAGUGAUCAGUUAUGUUUAAUUCAAUAAAGAAUUGUGCUAAAUUCGUUAUUCAAAGAAAUAGUAAGAGAUUUGGUAACAAAAAAUCAAAACCUUCGAAAAAGAAACUUAAAACCCUACCCGUCUUUCAGUAUCCCGUGAGUGAAGAAAGUGAUCGUCGAGUUUAUGUUUGGGGUCUAGCGGAACAUGGAGCAUUGGGGACAAUUGAUAGGGUUCAAACAGUUGAUCACGUUGCCUAUAUUGCAAAACCAAGUCGUUUAACAUUUGGAGAAACUUAUAAAGUAGUUGACAUAGCGUGUGGUUAUGGUUUCACUUCGUUUGCUGUACGUUCCAAUGACAAUAACAUUGUUUAUGGCAGUGGUAUCAACACAGAUUCGCAAAUCGGUUAUCAUUCUUCUGAUAAGCGGUACAAGGGUGAUAUUAUAACAGCACCGAGACCAGUGGAAUUACCAUUGAAAGAAUCAACAUCUCAGGUCGUUGCUUUGGCUGCUGGCAGAGCUCAUUUAUUGGUAUUGACUACCGAGGGACUUUUUACAUUAGGAAACAAUGGAUAUGGACAAUGUGGAAGGCCAAUUAUUGAUAAUGAGGAUUAUAAGAAGAAUACGAUUGUACAUCAUAUACCGGAUGCGAAAGGAAAUCAAAUAGCAAAUGUAUUUGCAGGACAGGAUCAUAGUAUACUUUUAACUGAAAAUGGCGAAGUUUAUACAUUUGGAUGGGGGGCUGAUGGACAAACUGGUCUUGCUCAUUAUCAAAAUGAAUAUAGGCCAAGUUUGGUUAAAGGUGAUUUAGCUGGUCAGCGUAUUGUUAAAGUGGCGUGUAUUGCAGACUGUGUCCUGGCACUUAGUGACAAAGGUAAAGUGUUUGGCUGGGGAAAUUCGGAAUAUGGACAAAUACCGGGAAUUGGUGACAAUCAACAAGUAAAUAUUGCCACAGAAAUAAAGGCAUGCAAUGAUCUUGGAAGAAUUACAGACAUCGCGUCUGGAGGCAGUUUCUGUAUGGUGUUAAAUGAUGCUGGAGAAGUAUUUGUUUGGGGAUAUGGAAUUCUGGGAUUUGGUCCAGAAGUACGAAAGGCAAUGAAACCUAUGAAAAUUCCAUCAACACUUUUUGGUGUUAAUGAAUACGACCCUACUGUUCGGGUUGCAAAAAUUUACUGUGGAAUAAGUCAUCUUGCGAUAGUGACAAAUAAAGGGGAUCUUUACAUGUGGGGCAGAAACAAAUUCGGUUGCCUUGGAUUGGGCCAUUAUAGAGAUCAAUUUUUCCCUCUCAAGGUUUCGAUAGGAGCAGAGGUAAAAAAAGUUUCUUGCGGCGUCGAUCAUACAGUGACAUUGUGUAAACCAUUUGUCUAGGAGUAUAGAAUUUUUCUCUUUUUAAUUAUUACAAAUUUUAAUUAAAACUUUUUAACAGA